AUGGCAUCUAUACAUAAGAAUGAAAAAAACAUAAAAAAGAGUCAGAGUAAACCUAGUAUCUCUACAGAGGAGAAAGGAAAUUAUCCAGUAAAAGAUGGAAUUGUAAUCCAUGAUGCCGAUCAGAGAAAAAAAAUACAUUCAAUGCUUAUGGAUCUAGGCAAUAUUAUGUCUACAAGCGAUUGGACAAAACUAGAUGAAUAUUUAGAACCCAAAGCAGUUUUAAAUAGAAUUAAUGAAGAGAUCAUUGGAAGAAUUUCAAUUCAAGAAUUUCUAAGUAAAAAGAAUAAAGGAAUAUUAAAAUAUUUCUUCAAUAGAUUCUAUUAUGACAGUGAAAAGAUGCUGGUUUGUUCAGAGUGGAUCACAAGAAGAAAGAAAGAGAAGGAUCAGUACUAUCAUGAGAAAAUGGUUGUAUGGUUUAUGAAGCUAUCGAAAGAGAAUACAAUUAAAACUUGGUAUAUCUGGAGAGAUCCAUUCUAUUCAAGAUUUAUAGAGUAUUAUGAACCAAUAUCAGAAAAGUGUUGGAUGAGAAAUAGGAAACCACCAAAGAAACACACUGCCAGUGAAAUGUGUGAUUUCGUACGAAAGAAGUUCUCUUACUUGGAGAAUGCCGAUAUUGGCGGUUGGAGUGGUACUCUUCAUAAGGACGUUGAGAUAAGACCACCUUGGAGAGUUCACGUUGGAAAGGAUGAUUGUGUCCUUGGUCUAAAGAAAUUCCUUAAUGAUUUCGAGGAUAUCGGUGCAAGUAUUCUAGAGAUACUAUAUGAUUAUACACAACCAAAUGUUGCAAUUUACAUUCAAUUAUUUGGUGCAACUAAAAGAGAUAACAAAGAAAGAUGUGAAGAUAUCGAUCUUUCAAUGAUUAUGUUGGAGGAUGAACAAAUCAAAUACUGGCGUUGUUACUUCUAUGAAAAGGAUAUUCCAGAGAAUCAUUUUUCAUUCAUCAUUUUCAUUAAGGAUUCUUAA